AUGGAAUCCAUUCGUAACUAUACCAGAAGAUGUUCCACGUGGCUUAGCUUCAGUAUUGCUCUCAUCCGAACCCUAGUUAUCAAGUAUCCAAUGGAUCCCAGAUUUGAGAUACUUUCAAAACCCCGUGCCGCAUUUUACGUAAUUCUAGCCACCUUGAUAUUAUGUGCUCCAAUCAAUAUGUUGGAUGUAUACAAAUAUGACAUAGGGUACACAGAAGGGUACAAGUGUACUCAGCACCCGGUUUUCAACAAUUUGUGGUAUGGAAGUGGGAUUUCUUAUUUAUUCCAAAAAAAUAAUCGAAAAAUUCAAAAAAUUUAUCAGGCUGUUGAUGCAACUAUUUCAAAGAUAAUCUCUUGUAUUUUAUUCCCUAUUGUCACUGUCGUGUUGGUUAGAGAAAUACGAAAAGCUAAUACAAAACGACUAAACAUGAAGUCAUCUACUCCGAAUAACUCCAAGAACACAUCGAAACUAGUGUUAUUCUUAACAGUCGUUGAAUUCUGGAGUAACGUCAUCCGAAUGGUGCCCAAGUCUACUAUAAAACUCCCACCGAAUCCCUCUCCCCGAAAUCUCAUCCUCGAAAAUCCCAAUACUUCUCUUGAGUUGUGUAAUCUGAAUUUCAACAACUUCAAGUUGACACCGAAUCACUGCAGCAGAAUCUGUCGGAUAUACAAAUCAAGGAAUAAGGAGCCGCAAAUUCAAUAUUUCUUGAUAAAUGAUGCAGAAACAAUCUACUUUCAAGCAGUUUUUCGAGCAUCAAGUGUUGGCUUGGCGGAAACGGAAGGAGGCAACUACAACAGGAUUUUGGCUUCCAAAAAUAGACAGAAUUAUGGAUAUUGA